AACGGCGAUCUCCAUUUCCACUCUCCGCCCUGCGCCGAGAGAUCUCCAAUUCUCCGACCACCAAGACGGUACCGUUUAGUAAUCGCUUCGGAUAUAAGCACUGCCGGUUUCGCUGAACUGGCUCCGCUGUUUGUUUCGGUUGGGAUCUGAAACGUUUGUCUCUCUCGGAUUGAAACGGAGCGUUUAACAAUGUCGACGACGGAGGUCGACGGCCAAAUGGAAGAGCAUUCGAAUGUGGAUUCGAAACCGCUGAAGAGCGGAAGCAACAGCAAUGGAGAUCUCGCGCAGGAGAAUGGCGGCCCGGACUCGGGCGACACUCACGAUCAACUCGUCCAGACGGUCAUGGAGCUAAAAUUGCAGAACGAAUUCCUCAAGUCUCAGUUCGAAGGACUUCGGAAUCUUAAACCGCCGGAGCCGGAAGGUGGCGAAUCGGAGGAGGUGAAGCAGCUGCGGCAAACGAUUGAAUCGCUGAAUGUGGAACUUUUGGAAGAGAAGCAAACGCGAGCUGCGGCGGAAGUGGCUCUGAAGCAUCUUCAGGAAUCGCACUUUGAAGCAGAUUCCAGAGCUCAAGAGCUCUCUGUAAAGCUCGCUGAAGCUCGACAGAAGUUGGAUCAAGAAAUAAAAGAGCGGGAAGAGAAGUACUCCGAUCUUGACUCGAAAUUCACCCGGCUUCACAAACGAGCUAAGCAACGGAUUCAAGAUGUUCAAAAGGAAAAAGACGAUCUCGAGGCUCGAUUUCGUGAAGUAAAUGAAGCAGCUGAGCGUGCAUUGUCUCAGCAGACGGCAUUGCAGCAAGAGCUGGACAGAACCAGGCAACAAGCGAAUGACGCACUGAAAGCAAUUGAUGCAGAGAGGCAACAACUGAGAAGUGCAAACAACAAACUACGAGACAACCUUGAGGAAUUGCGGAACCAGUUGCAACCAAAGGAAAUUGCUAUUGAGACAUUGCAACAAACAGUUUCAGAUAAGGAGCAGAUGUUGGAAGACAUGAGAGGGAUGCUGCAGGCUGCUGAAGAAAAAAGGCAAGCUUCAUUAGCUGAACUCUCUGCUAAACAUCAAAAGAAUUUGGAGAGUUACGAAGCCCAGCUUGCUGAAGCUUCGACUGAUAGAAAUAAAGCAACUGAAACCAUUUCUUCACUGCAGAUGCUAGUUGCUGAGAAAGAAUCUAAGAUUGCAGAAAUGGAAGCAGCAUCAACGGGUGAGGCAGCAAGGCUUAGAGCCACGUUGGAAACUGUUAAAGGCGAGCUUGCUCACCUGAAACAUGAACAUGAGAAAGAAAAGGAGAGCUGGGAAGCUGCCACCCGAGCUCUGAAAACAAAGUUAGAAAUUUCUGAGAGCAACCGGAUAUGUGCUGAUAUUGAAGUAGCCAAAAUGAGAAGCCAGCUGGAGUCAGAGGUGUCUGCACAAACACAAAAGCUUGAUGCGAGGGAUGCUGAACUUGCAGCCCUCAAGGAAGAGAUCAACUGCCUUGAACGUGAGUUUUCUUCUUACAAAAGCCGUGCUCAUGCGCUUCUCCAAAAGAAGGAUGCAGAGUUAGCUGGAGCUAAAGACUCAGAGCAAGUCAAAGCUCUUGAAGAAGCACUGAAAGAUGCUGAAAAAGAAGUAUCGUCUGUGAGUGCUGAAAGGAAUAAGGCCCUUCAAGAUCUUAAGGAGGCUUUAAAGAAUCAUGAUAAAGAAAUAGCAGAAAGAGAUGCUGCUCUUUACAAUGCCAUGCAGCAGAUCAAGAGCUUAGAAUCAAAGCUUGAAUCUGCUAAUGCCCAUUACCGAUCAGCAAAAGAAGCAUGGGAAGCGAACCUUAAUAGUUUGGAAGAAACUUGGCGGGUAAGAUGUGACACGCUGAGAGCUCAAAAUGAAUCAUCUUCUGGAGAUGAUAUCAAAAAAGAAUUGGAAGAGCUCAAAUUACGGUAUAAGAAGCUGAAGGAGGAGCACAGUUCAUUUCGUGAUCUUGCUGAUAGAAUGAUUGAGGAGAAGGACAAUGAAAUUUCUAGACUUGUGGAUGAUAAUAAGAAUCUUCAUCAAUCAUUGGAGUCAAGACCACGGGCUGAUCGCAAUGAUAACUAUAACACAGGCAUGAAUAAGCAGGACGCAGCAAGUAUAAGCACUGCUGCUGCAGAACAGCAGAUUCUGAUUUUGGCAAGGCAGCAAGCCCAAAGAGAGGAAGAGCUAGCACAGUCCCAACGGCACAUUUUAGCGCUUCAAGAGGAAAUUGAGGAGCUGGAGCGUGAGAAUCGUCUGCACAGCCAACAGGAAUCCAUGUUGCAGGCUGAGCUUCGGAACAUGGAAAGAUCGCAGAAGAGGGAAGGAGUAGAUAUGACCUACCUGAAAAAUGUAAUCUUAAAGCUUCUUGAAACAGGUGAAGUGGAGGCUCUAUUACCUGUAGUUGCCAUGCUUCUUCAAUUUAGUCCGGAUGAGUUGCAGAAGUGUCAGCAAGCAUACCGCACAUCGGCAGACGUUCCUCCUAGCCCUGCUAGUGAUACUUCAGGAUCCGGUGUCUCUCUUUUCUCAAGAUUCUCAUUUUCAUAACCGUAGACAUGAAGAUUGUAGAGAAUUCUUUGCAAGGAAACUAGCUGCGACAGCUAAACAACUGGUUGCCUCCAGAUUCAGAGGCGGUGCAGGUGCGGCCGUAGUAUAUCUUGUAUUCUUUGAUAACAGCAAACGUUAAAUGUAAAGUACGACAGAACCAUAUACAUUGUGAAAAGAUAGCGAGAGAUGGAGUGAACAGUUUCUGGCCGUGCCGGGUUAUUCCAUCCGGAAUGAAGCCCCCCUUCCCCAUUGAUUUAUUGUAGAGUGUAACAGAAGCAAAGGCAUGAUUUUGGAGAUGAUAUCGGAAAUUUGAACGUGCGGUUUUACUCGA